AAAGCAGUUGGCUAAAUCCCUUGUUUGCUUCACGCAAGGAGAGAGUAGAGAGGCCUUUGCUUCUUCGCGUGGCUUUAAAGGCCUCAUUUUUACUUACUUCUACUACUACUACUGUUGUUUAAAUUCCCAAACCAAAACCCCACACAAAAACAAUCCCCACCACCACCACCACCACCACCACCACCAAACCCUAAUAACUCCCCCUCUCUCUAUCUCUCUUCAAACACCCUUGUAACCAAACCCUAAUUAAUUAUGUGAUCCAUGUCCGGAGCCAAAACCCAGAAUUUCCCCCCAAAAAUGAGCCAAAACAACCCCAGCAGCAGUAGCUGCGCCGCUACCACCACCAGCUCCGGCGGUGGGGUUGGCGGAGGAGGGCCUUGCGGGGCUUGCAAGUUCUUAAGGAGGAAGUGCGUGGCCGGCUGCAUCUUUGCGCCCUACUUCGACUCGGAACAAGGCGCAGCCCACUUCGCCGCCGUGCACAAGGUGUUCGGAGCCAGCAACUUCUCCAAGCUGCUCCUCCGCAUUCCGGUCCACAAGCGCCUCGACGCCGUCGUCACCAUCUGCUACGAGGCGCAGGCCCGCCUUCGUGACCCCGUCUGCGGCUGUGUCGCUUACAUCCUCGCACUCCAGCAACAGGUGGUGAAUUUACAAACUGAGCUUUCAUACUUACAAGCCCACCUUGCAGCACUGGAGCUUCCAACGCCGCCGCCGCUCCUCUCCAUAGCAGACCUCCCACCGGCCUCCUCCACGCCCGCCACUUAUGACUUGUCGUCGCUCUUUGAACCAAUGGCUCAGCCUCCGUGGACAAUGCAGCACCGCCACCUCGACCCCCGACAGUUCGGGGGAACGUCGGCUGCCUCCGCCGGCAACAGCGCCGCCGGAGACCUCCAAGCACUGGCAAGAGAGCUCCUGCAGAGACAUGGAUCUCCGCCAUUGCGAAACAGCGAGGGAUCAUCUUUGCCACCACGCUCCAAGUGAAAAUCUCUGAGACUGACCCUAUUUGACUAAAAGUCCUUCACUUUAAUCUCCCUUUUACUUCCUAAUCGACAAACCGACUUUAAUAACUUUUUCUUUUCUUUUUCCAAUUCAAUAUUGAUUACUUGAUACUUCAUUCUGUUAUUUUGUACCAGAAGUUGAUUAAUCUGGGUUUCCUUAUAAUCUUUCAAUCACAAAAGAGCACAAUUGCCAU